AUGUUUAUCCCAGCUUUGUUGGCCGCUCGUGGGCCUAUCACGGCUCUGACUAUCUUGGUGAGCACUGCAACUUUCAGUGCUGGUGCCUUCUUUGUCGCUCUUCGCAACACUGCUCUCGAUUGCCCUCGUCACUCUGCCACCAACGCCGCCUGUGGAGUCGACAUCCUCACUGAUCUCGUUACCUUCAUCGCCGCUGCUGGUGCCACUGCCGGGGCUACCUUUAUCGGACUGACCACUCCUACUCCCCGUGAUUCCCCUAUUUUCCGUGUCGACGGCGUCGAUGUUGAUUGGUAUGAAAACGCAAACUCGCAUCGCCAUGGACUCAAUAGGACUAUUGACAAUCCCGCCGUCGUUGAGUGGCAGUUUAAUCACACCUCACCUAUCCAGAAAUACAUCACAUAUGAGAAAGAUGGUUACCUCCACAAGCGCCUCGAUACUGGAGUCGACAUCCCCGAUCCGAGUGGAAAGAGAGCUUUGUGCCGCGCUUACUACGAUACCCGCUUUUGGUCCGACGACUUGCGCACCUGGGAGUACCGUACAACCCCCGAUGCUUCUGUCUGGGCCGACAUUGGUGAAGAUCUGUUCUACCAGUUCGUAAACCGAGAAUGGAAGGCAGGAUGUGUGUGGUUCAGAGGAAACAAGGCAGCCAGUGGCGGUAUCUACGAGGCCUCAUUCGAGCUUGGUGCAUCCUGCAGCCAAGAAGAGCCAGACUAUCUAGACUGUGGCAAGGCUAACUACAACGUUGAGGUUGCCGGCUUCAACUUUUAG